AUGACUAAUUUCAAUAUUACACAAACUAAUAUAACUAAUGAAUCUAUUGAAUUAUUACAAUUAUUUCAUUUAGUACGAACUAUAUGUAUGCAAGGAUUAAUUCCAGUUAUUUGUAUUAUUGGUAUAUCAACAAAUAGUUUAAAUAUACUUAUAUUAACAAGAUUAAGAAUGCGUUCAUUAACUAAUAAUUAUUUACUUGCUGUAGCUGUUUGUGAUUUAUUUUAUGGAAUAACAUUAUUAUUACUUACAUUAAGAACAUUUGGUAAAUUUGAAACAUAUAAAUAUUAUAUGAAUUUAUUACCAUAUAUAAUGGCAUUUGGUAAUUUAUGUAGUAAUACAGCAUGUUGGUUAACAUGUGCAUUUACUGCUGAACGUUAUAUAGCUGUUUCAUCACCAAUUUUAGCUCGUAAAAUAUGUACCAAAGAAAAUUGUAAAUGGAUAAUACUUAUUAUAUGUUUAUUUACAUUCAGUGUAACAUUACCAGAUUUUUUAUCAUAUACUGUAAAAUGGAGUGAAGAAUAUAAAACAACAAAAGAGAUUCAAACAAUAAAUGAUGAUUUCAAUAAUAUUGAAGAUUUAACAUUGAAUAAAAAUCAAACUCUUGGUAUUAAUAAUAAUAAUAAUAAUAAUAAUAUUAGUAAUAAUGAAACAACUAAUCAACAAUUAUCUAUUCGUGGAUCACAUUAUAUAUUAACAGAAACAAGAUUAGGUAAAAUUCUAAAUAAAAAUGGAUGGCCUAUAAUUAUUAUUAUAUUAGUUGUUAUAGGACCAUUAAUUAUUCUUUCAGUAUUUAAUGGUCUAUUAAUUAAAUCCAUUUUAAAUGCAUCAAAAAUUCGAUUAAAAAUGACUAAAAAAACAAAUGAUGUAGUUUUACCAAAAAUUCGUUAUGGUAUUAUAUGUGUUACUGAAAGUUUAACAAAUUAUACAAGAAAUAAUUCAGAACCAAUAAUAAACAAUAAUGAUAGUCAAGAUUGUUAUUCAUUAAAAAAUUAUCAAUUCAUUUGUAAAUAUAAACCAUUACAAUUAAAACAACAAAAAUUAUCUAAACAAAAUAUGAUCACCGGCAUGGAAAUGCACGAAAUAAUCAAUAAUGAUGAUAAUAAUAAUGAAUAUAAUGAGAACUGA